UCUCUCUGUCCAGAGCUCCGCUGGACAAAAAAAAAAGAAAAUAGAAAGAGAGAGAUAGAGAGUGGGAAAGAGAGAGGGGUUACCCGAGAAGCAACAGACCAGCCGAGGCAGCGCCCGGGCCCGUGGCCGCGGGAGAAAGACAGAUAGACCUGUUCGCGUAGGCCACGAAAGGGGGGCUAGUCAUAAACCGUGCAACACCUGGCGGCACGUCGUUAAUUAUGCAGUGGGCCGCAGCCGCCCUGGCCUCGGCGGCGAUCGCUCUGCUUCUGGACACGGCGGCCGCGAGGCAUCACCAUCGCUCCGGCAAUGGACACAAACCGUCCGGUGACAUCUCUCUCUGGAUCGACCAGCAACAGAUUAAAAUGUUCAGCGGCUUCGAGAUGGAAAUAUACGCGAUCACCGAGGGCAGGGUGCUGUCGUACCUCCUGGACCCCGAAUUCGAGAGCAAACUGCCGAUCAUCCCGAGCGAGGUAACGUACGUGAACUUCACAUGGAAAUCCGGUGUGAAAAAGUAUUAUUACAAUUUCUAUCGGCUGAAGUCGUUCGACGAGUCGAUCCUUAAAACGCCGUCGAUCACGAUCAAGACGCAGGGAAGGGUUCCCAAGAGACCGAAGGAAUUCAGCGUGAUGUUGCCCUGUUCUGGCAACAACUCCGGCAUAGCGCAAUUGGGCAUCGGCCUGAUGAUCGAGACACGCAAGGGGAAACCUUUAAACGGGACACCCCUUCGUCUUAACCUGAGGAAAGAAUGCACCGUGCGCGAGCCUAAUCCUGGACCGUGUCCGGACGGUUACUUGGGACCGCCCCAUUGCAAGAAAGCACUUUGUUAUCCUAAUUGCAUGAACGGCGGCAACUGUACAGCUCCCGGCAUCUGCUCCUGUCCACCAGGAUUCCAGGGACCAUAUUGCGAAGGAGGUAUUUGCGCAGAGAAGUGUUUAAAUGGGGGGAAAUGUGUACAGAAAGACACCUGCGAAUGUCCUAAAGGAUAUUUUGGACUACACUGUGAAUUCUCAAAAUGUGUAAUACCCUGCUUGAACGGAGGAAAAUGUAAAGGCAACAAUGUCUGCAGAUGUCCUGCAGGUUUCAAAGGUGAUCAUUGCGAAAUUGGCAGAAGAUCUCCCCAACGUUCUGCUUGCACAAGAGCUUGCAGAAAUGGAACUUGUCAACCGGACAACACGUGUCUUUGCGAACCUGGAUGGUUUGGAAAAUUGUGUAAUAAGAACAAGCCAUGGGCUUGAAAGUAGACACAUUUUUUUCAUUGUGGUAUCCUGUUCGUAACCAAUUGGACUAACGCGUCAAAAUUCAUUUACGUAAUCAUUAUAAACUUCUAAAACCUAUACAGACUGCAUAUAAGCAAGACUUAACGUUCUUUAAACCUCGCAUCUACUUUACUCGAAACAGCAGACGCCUCGAAUGUUAUGAGAUAGUAUUAUUUUAAUCGAGACAACGAGCAUCCAAAACUACAAUUGUUGACAAUCCAAUUGGUUAAUACAUUACCACUUGAGCUAACGUGUAUAGUUAGUAAUUUACCCCACCCCAGAUGUGAUAUGUAAAGCUGCUUUACAACAUUUUAUACUAUUAAAUAUUAUUUUUAAUAAUAUA